CUGCGAUUUUGUUUCAAUGUAUGUCCAUCAUUGUCCUGCGAUGAAUUGCGCUGCGUAUGUUCAGAAGACACCCCAGUUACAAGCAUGCACUUGCUUGGCAUCUCUCAUCGAGCAUAUACCUACUGUGAAUGAACAUCAUUCAUCUACGCCUCUGCCCUACAGGGUGAGUGUUGACAAUAUUCUCCCUUCCAAUGUCAACAUCUUUGCUGGCAACAUGAUGACUCCCAUGAACAUGCACCCUCCCUCCACUAACACCAACACAUCCUACUCUUAUGGCAACGCAGUGACCUUCACACCUACCCCACAACCUUUCGCUCAAAUUGGCAUCACUCAGGCCGAUGGCCAUUCCUACUCGCAAGUGGGGAAUUCUUAUGUCGCUCAGUACCAGAAUGAUAACUCCAGCGUUAACAUCCAGAACUCAAGCGCAGUGUUUCGCGAGGAUUAUCCAACUGCGAGCUACAGUGCGGUGCAUGGUGUGGAAGCCUGGGCACGUCAAUUCGAAUAGAUAAAGCAGCGCUUCAUAAGAAUGUCUGUAAACACAGCAGUGUAUGUACAUCUUGGAUAUUGUCUC